AUGUGGGAGCAUGUGGUGGGUAUGGGACUCGGUGCUGUGUUCGCGAAUCGGCUUGUGAAAUGGGAUGUUAAGCUUAAGAAAGAUCUCGAGGCCAUGCUCGAUAAGGCUAGAGCUGCUAAUGAGAGCCGUUACUUUGGUAUGUCUCUGUCUUUCUUGAAAAAUGAGAUCAGAUGCCGUGUAACCACAGCUUUCAUCUCACUUCUUGCUCCCAUGGCUUGA